AUGCCUCCAACAUUACAGCAUAUACACCAGCUGCGUGAUGAAGGCCUCGCCUCCAUAUCGCUGAGGCCAGUUGGUUUCUACCCCCACGAGCAAACUAUUUCGGCAAAGAAUCCCGAGCUUUCAAAUGAUACGCUACCGAAUGACCGCUGCUUUGAAAACAGCAUGUCUACCACUGUCAAUGGCUUCCUAAACAUGGCAAAUUCGCAUAACAACAGACUGGAUUCACAGGAAGACUCUUAUGUACUCGUAACAGGCGGUGCUGGUUACAUCGGCAGUCAUACCGUUCUCGAACUAUUAAAGGACGGUUAUAAAGUGGUAGUUGUAGAUAAUUUCGUCAACUCGUGUGAAGAGUCGUUAGUUCGCAUUCAGAAACUGGCCAAGCAACCUUUGAAGUUCCAUCAUGCUAACGUCCUCGACGAGCAGACACUGACAGCCGUUUUCGAAAAAUAUAAAAUUUGGGCUGUUUUGCACUUUGCUGCUCUAAAGGCUGUUGGUGAAUCGACAAAAAUUCCGCUAGACUAUUAUUGGAAUAACGUGACAGGUUCCCUGAAUCUUCUCCGUGUGAUGGAAAAGUUCAGAGUUCACAAUAUAGUGUUUUCUAGUAGUGCUACUGUAUACGGUGAUCCAGAAGAGAGUCCAGUAAAUGAGCAGGGCAAUCUUGGUCCGGUCACCAAUCCUUAUGGGAAAACGAAACUUUUUAUUGAGGAAGUUUUGCGAGACAUGUGUAAGGCUAACAAAAAAUGGAAUUCAGUCAUAUUGAGAUAUUUCAACCCUACAGGUGCUCAUCCAUCUGGUAUAAUUGGUGAGAACCCAAAAGGAAUUCCAAAUAAUCUUAUGCCAUACGUUAGUCAAGUCGUGCAAGGGCGGCUGCCGUAUGUAAACAUUUAUGGUGGCGAUUAUGACACGGUUGACGGCACAGGAGUCCGGGACUAUAUUCACGUUUGCGAUUUGGCAACAGGACACGUUGCUGCUUUGCGCAAACUGCACAGUGAUCCUGGGUGUGUUGCUUAUAAUCUUGGCACGGGUGUCGGGUAUUCUGUCUUGCAAAUAAUCGGAGCAAUGUCACGAGCAUGUGGCAAAGAGAUUCCAUACAAAAUUACUGAUAGACGUCCCGGUGAUGUGGGAAUAGUCACGGCGGAUGCAAGCCUUGCUAAUGCCGAGCUGGGAUGGUAUCCGAAAUACAAUCUUGACCAAAUGUGCCAAGAUUUAAAUCGAUGGACUAGUACCAAUCCGUCUGGUUACCCAACACCAGCAUCCGAGACAAAAAGAAUUCUUCAAGAAAUGUCUUCGUAG